ACGAGACCGUGUGUUGUUUUAUUUUGCUGUGUUUAUUUCGCGUUGCCCAGGCCGACCACGCGAUAUACACAUUGUACUUCACUACAGUCUCACUCCCGUUUGAAACUCCAAUACACCAUAACCUAAGCCAAACAUUGGUCCGUUUUUACGUUUUAUGAGAUCGCAAAUAUAGUCAUGUCUUCGUAUUUUAGAGACGGUCACCUUGAUGGUUUACCAAGACUGCCUCCUCGCCAUGGUUUGGUUGAUUCACAUUACCGAGGGAGUAAGCUAACCCGAUUUGACGAAUCGUCCUUCCACGAUAGUAGCGCGGAUAGAUGGAUUCAUAAUCGGUCGGCACCUUCGUCUUUGCACCUACGAUCAGCAAGCCCUGUACUUGGGGGACCUCACACACCAGCUCCCCCACCGACAGCACAUCGAAUGGUACAAGAGCUUCACGACCAAGUUUCGUUUCUAAGGUCUGAGUUGGAGAAGAAAGACCGUCUAGUUUCUGAAUUAACAAGAGCUCCGGAAUCCCCCAGAUUACGACGACGCAGUGUAGAUGAUUCUAAUAUUGAAGCCUUGUAUUCUGCUGAACUGUCUCGCAGUAGAUCACCUUCACAGCAAAGAUUUGUGGCUGAAUCUACAAGAUCUGAAUUUACGGCAUUGCAGGUGAAGCAUGACAGACUUAUGUCAGAGAUUCGAGAUGUUGAAUCAAAACUCACAGCCAAAGAACUGCAGCUGCAAGAUAUGCGGUUAGAAAUUGGAACAUAUAAAGAGAAUGAGAGUCGUCAGGCUGCUCUCAUUGAGUCUUUGAGAGAGCGAUUACGUAUUAUUGAAAAUGAAACUGGUUCCUUGGAAACAACUCAUACCAGAGGAGAGAUCACUAUUGCUGCUCUUCAGAGAGAAAAUAGACAACAUCAAGAUCGUAUUUUGGAAAUGGAAAGCAGAAUUCGUAGCAUGACAAUAGAGAAAGAAGAGUCUGUACAGAAAGCACUUGAUGCUGAAAGGAGGUUCUCUGAGCUGAGUUUGGAAAUGAGUCGUGCUUUGGCUAUUGAUGGGAGUAGUCAACUCACUGGUGGUUUUGAAAGGAUCUCUAGUCGGGUAAAUGAACUGGUUCAAGAAAACUUACUUCUGAGAGGCAGACUGAAUACUUUGACAGAGCAUCUGAAUAGUGCUGAAUUAGAAUCCAAGGCCAGCAGAGAAACCAUUAUGAGACUUGUUUCUGAAAUAUCACGUGAACAGAAGAGUGUAUCCAGUACCGUAUCUACAGUAGAGAAUAUGAGAGUUGAAAGAGAUUCAGCUAUGAUGAGGAAAAAUGAAUUAGAACGUGAAGUACAAUUACUGAAAGAACGCAUGGAAGCUAACAGAAGAGCCUGGGAAUCCACUCGUAUGGAACUAGAACAUCGAGAUACACGAGUCUCUGCAUUGGAUCACGAUUUGAAGACACAUCAGUAUAAUGCUCAGGUUGCUGAAGCUUCUUUGAGAUCCUUGAAAGAGUCGCUUGCAGCUCUGUUAGGUGAUUCGUUUAUGUCAUACGAUGAAGAAUCUAUUAAAGAGAAAGUAAGACAACUCCACCUCUCGGUUCGGGAAAAAGAUGCACGUGUAGAGUUAUUGGAAAACAAACUGAAGACUUUGACUGAUCAGCUGGAAAGCCAAGUUAAUUUACAUCAAUGUGCAAUUCGUCGUGCAAAAGAAGCAGAGUUUGAACUUGAUUCACACAGAGGAAGAAUGCAUAGUCUUGAAGGAGAACUUGCCACUAGAGAAGUCCUCAGAGAUGGUCUUCUUUCAGAUAAAGAAAAGUAUAUGACAUUUUUGCAGAAGAUGGCAUCCAUCUUGAAGGUUGAUCAAAUGGCUUCAGAUGUUGGUUUUGAUAUGUAUGAAGAUGCUCUGAUGUCCCGCACAAGUCAGUUGGUACGAAUGGAGAGUGAUGCUGUAGCUAACAAGACGACUGCUGUAUAUACUCUGCAACGUAAAGUGAAGAAUCUGAGAGAACAGUUAGACAGCAAAGACUUACAUCUUGACCUGCUCAGGAAGAAGAUCAGCAACUUAGAAGAAGGUUUGCAUGGCCGAUCAGGAUUGCAAAAAGACCGAGAUGAUUUGGAAUUCAGUUACAAAAAGUUGAGAAAAGAGAAUGAGAGAUUGAGAGGAUUACUGGGAACUGCCAGAGAAACCAUAAAAGAUCUCAAAGUCGAGCUCUUAAAUUCCAGCAAUCUGAAGAUACAGACUUUGGAUCAACAAGAAAAAAUUGAACAACUUUUGAGCAGUAUUGAUCAUCUGGAGAGAACCAAAGAAAAACAGUCACGUAAACUUACCGGCAUCAAACAAGAAUUGGAAUUUACUGAACAUGAAGUUACUGAAGAGAGAACACGUGUCGAAACAGCUCUGGUCCAAGUAGAGAACGAGCUGAGAGCAACGAAACGGCUACUUGAAGAAACGGCAAGACGUGAACGCCAACUUGUUGAUUUCCGUCAAGUGAUGGCACGUAUGCUUGGUUUAGAUGUUGGUACCUUGGCGGUUCCCGACUACGAAAUCAUUGCACGUCUUGAGAAGCUGAUUCAAGCUCACCAUUCUCAUUCCUUCACUACGCACACCCUGGAGCACAGUCUCACAGAUAUGGAGCGUGGUUUGAAAGAUGGUUUCUCGGAUGCGCGAGGAAUUCUUGGAACUAGUCCACGUCGAUCAAGAGCAAGGUCUUUAUCUCCAAGUAGAAGACGCCAUAUCCACACGACAAAAUAUUAAAAUACAUAAGAAAUGUCUGCGACAUAUUUUGCUCAGGAUAUCAUUAAAAUCUUUCAGUAUCUUUUAAAUACACAACACAAAAUCUUAUUUUUAAUGAGAAUUUUUAAGAAAAUUAAAACUUUUAAUUUUUAAGUGCAAGGAUAAAAAUGUAUUGUGGUCUACUUGUUGUCAACUGACUCUGAAUUAUAGCAUAGUUUUCAAUAAUUAGGUGUUCAGAAUACCAAAUAAAAUUGUUACUAGGCAUUAGUUUAGUUUGAGGGUGCUCUAACAGUAAAAUAGUCAUGUAGGUCUAGUGGGCAUUAAUUACUAGAAUGUUCAUUUGUAAAAAAAAUAUUUAAUUUUAUAUAAUCAUGACAAACAUUUGAAAUGUUUCAUGCCAAAUACUAGUUAAUAAAUCAGAUACAGAACUCCACGAUUGAAAGAUCAUAGUCAAAAUUGUUAAAUAAUCAGACACUUAGAACUUGAGUAAUAAUAAUAGGAAUAAAAGAUUACGUCCUGAAAAGAAAUAAUAAUAUGAUGAAUAAUUAAAUGUAAUCGGGUGAAACUUUGACAUUUGUUUCUUUUCUGUAAAUAAUGUAAUGUAUUUAUCAGUUUGGAAUUGCCCACCUGACAAUAAACACAUUUUUAGAUAAUAAUAAGUCAAUAUCUAAAGUAAUAAAAUGUAGUAUUUAUCACAAUCACCAUACUUUUAUAAAAAAAAAAAAAAAACAUUUUGAUAUUAUAUACAUAUUCUUAUAGAUAUCAAUUAAAUUUUUAUUACACA